UGUCCAAUCGACAGACGCUCAUAUUCAGGGUUCUUCUCGUGGUACUAUCGCGUGGAGAAGGCAAUAGGUGGGCGUGUAAAGAUUUUAACCUACAGAGGUAACAUAAAGAAAGGGAGUUUCCAAGUCAUCUGGGUGGACAUUGCAUUGAAAAAGGGACGACUUUACUUAAUCCAGCAUUCUGCACGCCUGGAACUGUCAGCGUCAUAUACACAAGAUUAAGCAAACAAUUAUGCCGUUGACUAUAAGUAUUUAGCAGAUGGUUUCCUGGUGAAUGAACCUGGCUCGUCGCAUCGAAAGAACAAGAGGACAUAAGACAUUUCUGGAAUCCAGUGCAGUUUGUGCCAGGGCCCCAUCACAGUGCAAAGGCUAAUAAGCAGACAAAAAGCUGAACCAUGUCGCAGUCUGAAUGCCAGCUCCUCAGAGUACUGUUAGGUUCUAUUUGUGUAUUACUAAUGUGCAUGAGUGCAGCACCAGAUCUCUGUGGACCUCUGAAAACAGUUAGGGACAGCCUAAACUCAACUCUGAGGAGACGCUAUAUGAAAAUGAACUUUCCCAUUAACUAUACCAUUCAAGUGCAUUAUGAGGAGGUGUACAGGCUACGCAACAUCAGCAGAUUGAGGAAUGAAUCUCGCGUGGAGCUGAGAGAUCUACAGGAUUUGUGGCUCUUGGUUAGUCAGCAGGGUAUAAAGAGGAUUUUAAAGGUCCUGCCAGAGAGGCAUCCUACACGCCGUAAAUACCUCUCCAAUCUGGAGAACCUCUUCAGAGAUUUCCAGGUGCAAUAUAGCCAACAGAAUCCCAGCCAUGAGGAGAGAGAUCUUCCAGACAGCAUACAAAACAUCAGUGAUAAUUUGAGGGACCCAUAUUACCAGGGAUGGAAAUCUGUUACACCAAAGUCCUUACUAGACAAUUGUUAUCGGUCCAUGCUUUGCCUUUUCAAAGACUGCUUCUCAACAGAUGAUGACAGUUAUGACUAUUGUGAAGUCCUCAACCGGAGGAAAGAAAAGAAGACAACAUAGCAGCAGAUGUGAGCGGAUCUGAUCCUGUUUUUAUGUUUUUGGCAUAGGUGUAAAUGGGUGUUACUUGGUUUAUGUAGUGGCACGCAACAUGUUUGUGCGCCUUUUGUUCCAGUGAAGCAAUUGACUAUCUCUACCGGUGAUACCAGAUGGAAAAAAUACAGCAGCCUUCAUGCUACUUGGAAUAAACUCUACUGACCCCGCCCGCAGCUAUUGCUGUCCAUCAUUCAAAACCAUACCCAAAACCAUGCCUCCAUCCACCCACCUGCCCACUUAAUUGUUUGCAUAUUUAUAUUUAAGCAGUGUUUUGCUAAUGUAUGACCAAGUAUGCACUGUGUGUGUGCUCUAUGAAGGAGAGCAACUUUUAUUCUCUGCUAUAGCAUUGUCUAUAGGUAAUUCCAAAAUGUCUUUGCCACUGUGACUUACAUUUCUUAGGAAAAUAAAUCUGGCGUUAUUGAUGUAUGUCAAAAGAGUAUAUUAUCAUUACCAUGUUGUAAAUGUUUAGGCUAGAUUUAUAGGUAACAUGGAGCUUCUUUUGUAUCAUUUGCAUGCAAAUGUUAUGCUGACUGCUGGCUUGGUUGGCAUUGUUGCUUUUAACCAGAGUUUCUUUACUUUUGUGCUUUACUGCUGGUUUAAUGUUGAAAGAUUGCACCAAAGUAUUAUUAAAUGUACUAUAAAAAGCUGUUUAAGGUGAUCAAGUGGAUUAGAUACCAGAUUUUCAUGUAUUAUACACAGAUUUUAAUCAAGGUUAUUUAUUUGGACUCCUGCCACAGAAUGUUCUUGUAACUGUUGAAACAUGGCUUGGAAAAUAAAUCACCCCAUGUGUUCAC